AUGAAUGCUGCUCGGGAGCGAAGCCGGGUACGGACUCUCCAUCAGGCGUUCUUGGCGCUGCAAGCGGCUCUGCCCACGGUCCCACCUGACACCAAGCUCUCCAAGUUGGAUGUGCUCCUCCUGGCCGCCAGCUACAUCGCCCACCUGAGCUGGACCCUUGCGCAGGGGGCCCCCACCCCCAGGAUGGCCCCGACAGCCUUCUUGCACCCCCUGAAGAAGUGGCCCAUGCGGUCCUGCCUCUAUGCCAGUUCCUGGACCGGAGACAUCCCCACACCAGCCCUCUUCAGUACUGGCAGGGACAUAUCCGAUGAGGCGGGGCAUGUCCGCUAG